AUGCCACAUGGACAUGAGAACGCGAGCAAUCCAAUUUCACCAUCAAAACUCCGUCAAAUAGCACCUGCCCUUUCAAAAAAAUCCGACUACGACAUCUAUCAUAUUCCACGUGGAUAUGAAGUACUAUUAGUGCCCAAAGAAGACACAGUUGCAAAUCCUGAUAUUGCCGACGUUGGAUCUCCAAUUUCGUCAACUAAGCCAAUUAUAAUCCCAUUACCCAAAUCCGCCCAAAGUCAAAAUAAUAGUUCAUGGCGUAAACGUAAAUCGAACGAUCACAUUCCGCGACCAAAAAAUUGUUUUAUGGCAUAUCGUGAACAUAUCCAACAUGAAAUCUUGCAAGACAAUCCUGGGAUGAAUAAUAAACUCGUCUCUGUUAUCGCAGCGCAGAAGUGGAAUGAAGAAUCGGAAGAAGUGAAAGAAACUUGGCGCGAAAAGGCGAAGCAAUUAAAAGCAGAGCAUCAACUUAAAUAUCCAAAUUAUAAAUUUUCCCCGAAAAAGAAGCCUGGGAAAACCGUCACGGGUGGUAGAAUUCAAAAGUCAUCGAAAACACGAGCUUCUGCAAAUUCCAAAGUCGUAGGUUUGAGGAAAUCAAAUUUAACUACCGAAUCAACAAUGCACGAUGAAUCUGCAGUCGUUAUUGGAUCACCGAAUUUAUUUCAUGGUAAUGUAGACAAUUCAUUUUGGGGUCAUUACAGAACACCGUCAGGUGAAUCUUCGGAAUGGACGACUACAAGUGAAACUUCAUCUAAUAAUAGUCCAUCGUUUGAAGCUUCUUCCCCAGGGUCAUUCUCACCUCCCACUUUUCAAGUACCCGAGUUCACAAGAUCUACAUCGCCAUUAAGAUUUGAACGACCACCACAAUAUCAAAGUGAUACAUCCACGUCACCCACUAUUAAUCACUUUAAUCUUCUCGAAACAUUUGACCCUUACCCUCCCUAG